AGGUUUAUACGAUUGCCACGGAAUCAACUUAUCUGCUUUUGUUCGGAGUCCCUUCAAUAGAUCUGGAACAAGCGCUCAAGGAUAGAUGUAAACGAUUCGGCACACUUGAACGAAUCAUCAAACUGUCGGAAUACCCAGACAAGGAAGAGUUCACUGAUGUGUUUUUGGUGAAAUUCCCGUCGGUCCAGAUCGCAAGGUGUGGACGAGAGCUAAGCGCUCUUUAGAUAAUUCCAACUUCUACGGAGGACAGCUGCACGUAUGUUAUGCUCCUGAGUAUGAAACUGUGGCCGAGUGUCGGGUCAAAUUAUAUCUUUGCCGUCGAGACAAUGCCCGUGUCGCCCGAAAAGCGGGUGUGGCUUCCUCUAAGCCAUCUGAUCCCGUGGUCGAAUCGCUCGCAUUCACACCCAAGCCGACGCCUCCUCUUACGGACUCAGCGAUUUUUUCUGAAGGUUCUUCGUUGAAUUUAACGGCCCUAAAACCUACCGGUGAUGCCCUCGACGAUUCCCGUCGACAUUGGUCUCGACUUGGCGCAACCUUUAUGAUCAGUUCGACUUUCACCACAGAAUUGGAUAAUCCACCUACGUGCAAUUCUGUAACGACUGCUUCUUCCUCAUCUGAGGAACCUCACCGUAGCCAUUAUCCAAGGCGUCCCAUGCCAGAGGCGGUAAUGCAAGCUCUAAGCUGGAAACCGUAUCAAAGCAGCUCUAAAAGUGGACAGCGUGACCCCAUACUGGAUUCCAAACCCUCUCCUUCCACACAGAAUCACCAACCACUGAAUGUCGGAUCAUUCGUGCCUCGUUGCUUACGUACCAGAGUUCUGACAGGCAGUCGGUGCGAAACUGGGCAUACAAAAACAAACACGUCGGUGUCAUCUCAUACAAUCACAACAGAAGAAGUAAAGCGUCUGGCACUGACUCUGGGUCCGGAACAGGGUCCAGCGGCUUUCCCAUCUCCACAGACUGCUGCCAAACGGAUCGUUUUUCAUCAGUCUGAGGCGGCAAAACGAAGGAAACUUGACCCCAGCUCAAUGACCACAACUACUGGUCUAUCGGAGUAAUUAUUGGUGAUUGCCCUUGAGUCACUGCUCGAUCGUACGAUCAGCUGAUAUCUGCGAUGGCGGAUCACCAACUUCAUGAGAUGUCCG